AGUGCGCAGCGGCGGGAGGUUCGGUUGUUGCCGGGAGACCAGGCAGCCCCUGCUCCCGCGCCAGGGCCUGCUGCGUCGACGGCCCCUCCUGCAGAGGAGAAGUGGAGCAUGGUGCAGAUUGUGAUUUCCAGUGAUGGGGCUGAAGGCCUGGCAGAGUGGGUGCUGAUGGAGCUGCAGGGAGAGAUUGAGGCUCGCUACAGCACCGGACUUGCUGGAAACCUCCUGGGAGACCUGCAUUACACCAGAGAGGGGGUCCCUGUGCUCAUCGUGGGCCAUCACAUUCUUUAUGGGAAGGUAGUGCACCUGGAGAAGCCCUUCGCCGUCCUCACCAAACGUGGUGCCAGUGAGCACGGCUGUGACCGCAGCCCCACAGGGGCAGCUGCCCACUACCUGGUGACGGCUCUGAUCAAGACAAAGCUCCUCUUCAAAACCCGCCCCAAGCCCAUCAUCACCAACGUGCCCAAGAAAGUAUGAAAGAGCCCCGGCCCCAUACCAGAGAGCGUCCUGCCCCCUGGACACGAGCCCAGCUUCUGUCCCGAGGGCGGGGGGCUGGCCCCAUGGG